UACUCUCUCUCUUUCCCUCUCCACUCUCUCUCUCUCUCUCUACAACGAUAACCCUCGCAGGUUCCAAUUCACCAUGACCGUGAUGAUGCCCGCUCCCAUUGAUCAGCAAGAGGACGAGGAGGUGCUCGUGCCGCACGCGGAUCCCGAGAACAAUCGCCAACCCAUGGAAGUUGUAGCUCAACAACCUGAAACUGCUAUUACUGUGGAGAGUCAGCCAGUUGAGGAUCCUCCGUCCUCUAGAUUCACAUGGAGAAUUGACAACUUUUCAAGGCUGAAUACGAAGAAGUUGUAUUCAGAAAUAUUUGUUGUUGGUGGCUAUAAAUGGCGUGUGCUUAUUUUCCCAAAAGGAAACAAUGUGGACUAUUUGUCCAUGUAUUUGGAUGUUGCAGAUUCAGCUAGUUUGCCCUAUGGUUGGAGUAGAUAUGCACAGUUUAGCUUGGCAGUUGUUAAUCAAAUUCAUAAUAAGUAUUCUGUUAGGAAAGACACACAGCACCAAUUUAAUGCACGUGAAAGUGAUUGGGGUUUUACGUCCUUUAUGCCUCUUGGUGAAUUGUAUGAUCCUAGUAGAGGGUAUCUUGUGAAUGAUACUCUCAUAGUUGAAGCUGAGGUUCUUGUUCGUAGGAUUGUUGAUUAUUGGACUUAUGAUUCAAAGAAGGAGACUGGCUAUGUUGGGCUUAAGAACCAAGGAGCUACCUGUUAUAUGAAUUCUCUACUCCAAACCUUGUACCAUAUUCCUUACUUUAGAAAGGCCGUGUAUCAUAUGCCAACAACUGAGAAUGAUAUGCCCUCUGGAAGCAUCCCUUUGGCUUUGCAGAGUUUAUUCUACAAGCUUCAAUAUAGUGACACCAGUGUUGCGACCAAGGAGCUGACAAAGUCUUUUGGAUGGGAUACAUAUGAUUCUUUCAUGCAGCAUGAUGUUCAAGAACUAAAUCGGGUUCUCUGUGAAAAACUUGAAGACAAAAUGAAGGGAACUGUUGUUGAGGGGACCAUACAAAAGUUAUUUGAAGGGCACCAUAUGAAUUACAUAGAAUGCAUCAAUGUAGACUACAAAUCAACUAGAAAGGAGUCAUUUUAUGACCUUCAGCUUGAUGUCAAAGGUUGUCGUGAUGUUUAUGCUUCCUUUGAUAAGUAUGUAGAAGUUGAACGUCUUGAGGGGGAUAACAAAUAUCAUGCUGAACAGUAUGGUUUACAGGAUGCUAAGAAGGGUGUUCUAUUUAUUGAUUUUCCUCCCGUCCUUCAACUUCAGCUGAAAAGAUUCGAAUAUGACUUUAUGCGGGAUACUAUGGUUAAGAUUAAUGACCGUUAUGAGUUUCCCUUACAACUUGAUCUUGAUCGUGAGGAUGGAAAAUAUCUAUCACCUGAUGCUGAUAGGAGCGUCCGCAAUCUUUACACACUUCACAGUGUUUUGGUUCAUAGCGGAGGAGUGCAUGGCGGACAUUAUUAUGCUUUUAUCAGGCCAACCCUCUCUGAACAGUGGUACAAAUUUGAUGAUGAGAGGGUGACAAAAGAAGACAAUAAACGGGCAUUAGAGGAGCAAUAUGGUGGUGAGGAAGAGUUGCCACAGACAAAUCCUGGAUUCAAUAACACUCCAUUUAAGUUCACCAAAUACUCAAAUGCUUAUAUGCUGGUGUAUAUACGUGAAAGUGACAAGGAUAAAAUUAUAUGCAAUGUGGACGAGAAAGACAUUGCAGCACAUUUAAGGGAGAGGUUGAAGAAAGAACAAGAAGAGAAAGAGCAUAAAAAGAAAGAAAAGGCAGAAGCUCAUCUUUAUACUAUUAUAAAGGUGGCACAAGAUAAAGACCUUAAAGAGCAAAUUGGAAAGGAUAUAUACUUUGAUCUUGUAGAUCACGACAAAGUGAGGAGUUUUCGGGUCCAAAAGCAGACAACUUUUAAUGUUUUCAAGGAAGAGGUUGCAAAGGAGUUUGAUAUACCAGUUCAAUUUCAGCGCUAUUGGCUUUGGGCAAAGCGUCAAAACCAUACCUAUCGUCCUAACAGACCAUUGACGCAUAAUGAGGAAGCACAAUCUGUUGGACAAUUGAGAGAAGUGUCAAACAAGGUUCACAAUGCAGAAUUAAAGUUGUUUUUGGAAGUGGAGCUGGGGAUGGAUUCACGUCCCAUUGCACCACCUGACAAGACCAAGGAUGAUAUAUUACUUUUCUUCAAGCUAUAUGAUCCUGAAAAAGAGGAGCUACGUUAUGUUGGAAGGCUCUUUGUUAAGUGUACUGGCAAACCAUCGGAAUACUUAACAAGGUUAAAUGAAAUGGCUGGUUAUGACCCUGAUGAAGAUAUUGCACUUUAUGAGGAAAUUAAGUUUGAACCAAAUGUCAUGUGUGAACCUAUUGACAAGAAAGUAACAUUUCGAACAAGCCAGCUGGAAGAUGGAGAUAUCAUAUGCUUUCAGAAGGCUUCUUCUAUGGAUAGUGAGGAAAAUGUCCGGUUUCCAGAUGUGCCCUCAUAUUUAGAAUAUGUGCACAAUCGUCAGGUGGUUCACUUUCGAUCUCUGGAUAGACCUAAGGAAGACGACUUUUUCUUAGAGAUGUCAAGGCUUUAUUCAUAUGAUGAUGUGGUGGAGAGAGUAGCUCAACAACUUGGUUUGGAUGAUCCAUCCAAAAUACGGCUUACACCACACAACUGCUAUUCACAACAACCCAAACCCCAGCCUAUUAAAUACCGAGGGGUAGAACAUCUGUCUGACAUGUUAGUUCAUUACAAUCAGACCUCAGAUAUAUUAUACUAUGAAGUACUUGACAUCCCUCUACCAGAAUUGCAAGGGUUGAAAACUCUGAAAGUUGCAUUUCAUCAUGCCACUAAGGAUGAAGUGGUUAUUCAUACUAUCAGACUCCCGAAGCAGAGCACUGUUGGGGAUGUCCUUGAUGAUCUUAAGACAAAGGUUGAGUUAUCUGAUCCUGAAGCUGAACUUAGGUUGCUUGAAGUCUUCUAUCACAAAAUAUACAAGGUCUUCCCUCCGAGUGAAAAAAUUGAAAACAUUAAUGAUCAAUACUGGACAUUACGAGCAGAGGAGAUUCCAGAAGAAGAGAAAAAUCUUGGUCCUCAUGAUCGUCUGAUUCAUGUGUACCAUUUCAAUAAAGACACAGCUCAAAACCAAAUGCAAAUUCAAAACUUUGGGGAACCUUUUUUUCUAGUAAUACAUGAAGGUGAAACUCUAUCCGAAAUUAAAGUGCGAAUACAAAAGAAACUUCAAGUUCCUGAUGAUGAGUUUGGCAAGUGGAAGUUUGCAUUUCUAUCACUAGGGCGUCCCGAGUACCUUCAAGAUUCUGACAUUGUAUCCAGCCGUUUUCAGAGAAGAGAUGUUUAUGGUGCUUGGGAGCAAUAUCUUGGCUUGGAGCAUACCGACAAUGCUCCUAAAAGAUCAUACGCUGUCAACCAGAAUCGGCACACGUUUGAGAAGCCAGUAAAGAUUUAUAAUUAGGAAUUGAUGAGUUCAUGCAUAGGAUGAAUUUGGCAUUAUUAUAUAUCUAAGGGCUUGUAAACUUGGCGAAGAUGGAAAAAGGCAACUAUGUAUAGGACUAAUGAAGUCAGCAAUUCAGGUGGUGUCUGAAGACUUUAAGUUAGUUAUGUGGUAUGUAAUUCUUUCUGUCAAUGGAGUAACAUUGCUCUCAACACCUUGUAUCUGCCAACCACAGCGCCUUGAGCUUUUUACUACUUCCGUUUUUAUAUGGAGGUUCUCCAAGUUGAGGUCAUUGAUCAUCAUCGCUGAAACUGUAUCAGUACAUAAGAUUUUUGGAUUAGUGAGUGUAUACAGGGUAUAGUUGGUUGACUUUUGUCAUUUUUCUUGAUUGCUUCCUGAUUUUGUCCAGUUAGAAGUGUUAAUCCAAGUGACGGCUGCAUAAUGGUGUAGCAGAGACAGCUUUUUUAUGUAAUGUAAAAGAGAUUUACCAGCCUCCAUAUAUCUCUGGUCAACAUAAAAUUUUCACCAUUUCAUAUGGUAGUUUAUCCUAUUCCCCCUUGUCAACUAGCUAUGAAUAGAAACAUUAUAGAAAAUGGGCAUUGUAAGCGCAGCGCUUUCUGACUUAAGCAAUAUGAAGAGCUAUUACAUUGGCCGUUGA